CGGCGCGCUCGGCGAGCUCCAGUACCUCAACCUCAUGAAUAAUCGCCUCACCGGCCGCGUCCCGCGCACGCUCGCCGCGCUCUCGCGCGUGCACACGAUCGACCUGUCCGGCAACAUGCUCUCUGGUGCGCUGCCCGCCGAGCUCGGCCGCCUGCCGCAGCUUACUUUCUUGGUGCUAUCCGACAACCAACUCACCGGCAGCGUCCCCGGCGACCUGUGCGGCGGCGAUGAAGCGGAGUCCAGUAGCAUCGAGCACCUUAUGCUCUCGAUGAACAACUUCACCGGGGAGAUACCGGAGGGGCUCUCGCGGUGCCGAGCGCUGACACAGCUCGGCCUGGCGAACAACAGCCUCUCCGGCGUUAUCCCCGCCGCGCUCGGCGAGCUCGGCAACCUGACGGAUCUGGUCCUUAACAACAACAGCCUCUCCGGCGAGCUGCCGCCAGAGCUCUUCAACCUCACUGAGCUCCAGACACUGGCAUUGUAUCACAACAAGCUCUCCGGUCGCCUGCCGGACGCCAUCGGCCGUCUUGUGAACCUGGAGGAGCUGUACCUGUACGAGAACCAGUUCACCGGCGAGAUACCGGAGUCCAUCGGGGACUGCGCGAGCUUGCAGAUGAUCGAUUUCUUCGGGAACCGGUUCAACGGGAGCAUACCGGCGUCCAUGGGGAACCUGUCGCAACUGAUCUUCCUCGACUUCAGGCAGAACGAGCUGUCCGGCGUGAUCGCGCCGGAGCUCGGUGAGUGCCAGCAACUCAAAAUCCUUGAUUUGGCCGACAAUGCUCUGUCCGGGUCGAUUCCCGAGACGUUUGGGAAGCUCCGUUCGCUGGAGCAGUUCAUGCUGUACAACAACUCGCUCUCCGGCGCCAUCCCGGACGGCAUGUUCGAGUGCCGGAACAUCACGAGGGUCAACAUCGCGCACAACCGGCUCAGCGGCAGCCUCCUGCCGCUCUGCGGCACGGCGAGGCUGUUGUCGUUCGACGCCACCAACAACUCCUUCGACGGCGCGAUCCCAGCGCAGUUCGGCCGGUCGUCGGGGCUCCAGCGCGUGCGCCUGGGGAGCAACAUGCUCUCCGGACCGAUCCCGCCGUCGCUCGGCGGCAUCACCGCGCUGACGCUGCUGGACGUGUCAAGCAACGCGCUCACUGGCGGCUUCCCAGCGACGCUCGCGCAGUGCACGAAUCUCAGCCUCGUCGUCCUCAGCCACAACCGCCUGUCAGGGGCGAUUCCGGACUGGCUGGGCUCGCUGCCGCAGCUCGGCGAGCUGACACUCUCCAACAACGAGUUCACCGGAGCAAUCCCGGUGCAGCUCAGCAACUGCUCCAAUCUCCUGAAGCUGUCGCUCGACAACAACCAGAUCAAUGGAACAGUGCCGCCUGAACUCGGCAGCUUGGCGUCCCUCAACGUGCUCAAUCUCGCACACAACCAGCUCUCAGGUCAGAUUCCAACGACGGUUGCAAAACUGAGCAGUCUCUAUGAGCUGAAUCUGUCACAGAAUUAUCUGUCCGGUCCAAUCCCUCCGGAUAUCAGCAAGCUGCAAGAGCUGCAGAGCCUGUUGGACUUGAGCAGCAACAAUUUCAGUGGCCACAUCCCUGCAUCACUCGGCUCACUCUCCAAGCUGGAAGACCUGAACCUGUCCCACAACGCUCUGGUCGGCGCGGUGCCGUCGCAGCUCGCUGGAAUGAGUAGCUUGGUGCAGCUGGACCUGUCCAGCAACCAGCUUGAAGGGAGGCUGGGCAUUGAGUUCGGCCGGUGGCCCCAGGCCGCGUUCGCCAACAAUGCAGGGCUCUGCGGUAGCCCUCUGAGAGGUUGCAGCAGCAGGAACAGCCGGUCGGCGUUCCACGCGGCGUCCGUCGCGUUGGUGACUGCGGUGGUCACGCUGUUGAUCGUGCUCGUGAUCAUCGUGCUUGCGCUGAUGGCGGUGCGCCGCCAGGCCCCGGGGUCAGAGGAGAUGAACUGCUCGGCGUUCUCGUCGUCGAGCUCGGGCAGCGCAAACCGGCAGCUCGUCAUCAAGGGCUCGGCGCGGCGGGAGUUCCGGUGGGAGGCGAUCAUGGAGGCCACGGCGAACCUGAGCGACCAGUUCGCCAUCGGAUCCGGCGGGUCGGGCACGGUGUACAGGGCGGAGCUGUCCACUGGCGAGACGGUGGCCGUGAAGAGGAUCGCGGACAUGGACAGCGGCAUGCUGCUGCACGACAAGAGCUUCACGCGGGAGGUCAAGACCCUGGGCCGCGUCCGGCACCGGCACCUGGUCAAGCUGCUCGGCUUCGUCACGUCCCGCGAGUGCGGCGGCGGCGGCGGCAUGCUCGUGUACGAGUACAUGGAGAACGGCAGCCUCUACGACUGGCUGCACGGCGGCAGCGAUGGCCGGAAGAAGCAGACGCUCAGCUGGGACGCGCGGCUCAAGGUCGCCGCCGGGCUCGCGCAGGGCGUGGAGUACCUCCACCACGACUGUGUGCCGCGGAUCGUGCACCGGGACAUCAAGUCCAGCAACGUGCUCCUCGACGGCGACAUGGAGGCGCACCUCGGCGACUUCGGCCUCGCCAAGGCCGUUCGGGAGAACCGGCAGGCCGCCUUCGGCAAAGACUGCACCGAGUCAGGUUCCUGCUUCGCCGGAUCAUACGGGUACAUCGCUCCAGAGUGUGCUUACUCCCUGAAGGCGACGGAGAGGAGCGACGUGUACAGCAUGGGCAUCGUGCUGAUGGAGCUCGUCACCGGGCUCUUACCGACCGACAAGACCUUUGGCGGAGACAUGGACAUGGUGAGGUGGGUGCAGUCAAGGAUGGACGCGCCAUUGCCGGCCCGGGAGCAGGUGUUCGAUCCUGCUCUGAAGCCGCUGGCGCCGCGUGAGGAGUCGUCAAUGACGGAGGUGCUGGAGGUGGCGCUCCGGUGCACGAGGGCGGCACCGGGGGAGAGGCCGACCGCGCGGCAGGUCUCCGAUCUGCUGCUCCACGUUUCACUCGAUUACUACCGCGCCUGCGAAAAACGUUAGGAUUUCGAAACUGGGGGAUGAAGUUGUCCUAGUAGCUGCUUUUCUAAGUCGUCCUUUUAAGCUAGCUUAAUCUUUUCAUUCAUGAAACUAGGGAAAAAGAGACUUAUUUUUAGGGUUUGAAGUUGAAUCGAGUCAAGAAUGCCCUUCAAAAUUGUAUUUCUUAAGUUC